AUGCCUCGACAGACACGCGCCGCCCCAGUGCAGAAUGUGGCGAAGAUGAUGAUCGAAGCUCGGAGACAGAAGAGGAGAGAAAAGAAACGCAAGUACCGCCUCCGCAAGGCGGCGAGGAAGAAGCAGCAGGAGGCUCCCUCGGGGGCCGAAAUCACCGAGCCCCCUCAGGCCAACGACUCUCUCCCCAAAGGCCUAUAUCCCUUGUGCAGCGGCCUGCCCGAUUGGAACUUGCUGAAGGUUGAGGAUGAUAACAAGAGCAAGAUUUAG